UGGGUGUGUCCUUGGCGCAUUUCAUCAUGCAGUGGUUUCUGACUCUCUUCACCUCUCUCCCAUGUUGGGACUCGGUGCUGGCAAUCUGGGAUCUGUUCUUGCUGCAUGGUAUGGUGGUGGUGUUUCGUGCUGGUUUAUCCCUCUUCCAGCUGCUGGAGUCUCGUCUCAUGAGUAUGACGGAGGAGGCGGCCGUGCUGCCUGUUCUGCUGCGUGUUCCUGUAGACGUCUCUCAGUACCAUGUCCUGAUUCCUGCUUUAUGGAGAACAGAAGUGCAGGAGUGGGAGAUCAACUGCAUGAACAGCAUCAUCCUGGAGGAGACUGAUGAGGGUCAUGAUACAGGACAGUGCAGAGACAGGAAAAUGAGCGGGAGAGAGACGGGGAGGGAUCGGGAAACGACCCCGGGCCGGAACCGAACCCGGAUCCCCGGAUCCACGGCACGGCGCCCCACCCACCCGAGCCACGACGCCCCCAAGCUAAAUAUAUUCUUAACCUGCCGUUUCAAUGCAGUGUCGGCUGCUCUUCUAGCUUCAUUUUCAGAGGAAACCGGCAACACCAGUCCCGUGUCUCCAAGCAGCAGUGAAGAACAGAGAGAUCAUGAGGAGACUAAAGAACCUUCUGGAAAAGAGGCUGUAGGCUCAGGUGGGAAGAAUGUGUUUGCACGCAUGCUGAGAGCAGUGCAGCGCUACCUGGCAGAUACGACCAAGCAGAGCACCGCCAAGGCCAAGGCCUCUCCUGGUAACAGCAGCCCAGCUGCAGUUUGCCUGCCGAAGAAGAGAGUGUCUGCUUCCAUCAGCCUGAUCCAGAGAAGAAAGAGCCAAAGCAAGCGAUCCCAGAAUGCAUCUGUGGCCAGAAAGGGAGCAUUUACCCUCCAGGAUGCUGGUCGAGGUGCCACAGAGGACAGUUCCGCGAUGACCCUCCGGAGGCUGUGUUCAGGUCCCGUGGGUCGAGUGGCACGCAGACGCAGCGGUGUCCCGUCCACCCGGGUCAGAUCUCUCCUGCAUCGGACGCACAGUGGUACAGCUCAGGGUCUCGCCAGCCCCAUCCCAAACUCCUCCUGCUCUAAACCGGGCCAAAACGAGGCUUGGGUGGAACAUCGGGAAUCCCCAGACAGGAUCCCAUCUCCAGGAUGCUCUCCACUGACUGAGCUCAUCAUCAGUUCCAGUCCAAACAUCCAGAUACGGGAGUCUCAGCUGAUCUGAGGGACACGGAGGAGUUUAAUGAGCUCUGAGCAAGAACGAUACAGAGCGCUAAACCGGAUGGCGCUGGAUUAUAAAAACUUAAACCAGGUCUUAAUCUUAAUAACCAUCUCAACUGUCAGUCCAGAUCAUUAUUGAUGGACAUGAUCAUGGCCAUGGAGUGAGAAACCUAAACGUAGCACUUAAGUUAUAGGAUGUUACGUUCUGUAUAUUUAACAGUUAUAACCUCAGCAUUAUAAACACUACAUAAUACAUUACACACGAAAGAAACUCCUCUGAGCACUCGAUGCUAAUAGUGUCUGUAAUUUUUAUGCCGCUUGUUGGAAUUUCUACUUAAUGUUUUAUGACCUUUUGGAGUUAUUUCAGAUAAUAAAAGAUGAAUGAGCCACUUUAUGCCUCUCAUUAUUAAUUCAUGACGAUAUCUUGGCUUCGGGUCGCAUCUUUACGCCUGUAAUGAAGGAUUCCAUGAUUACAGAGCCAUUUAGCCAUUAUAACUCUUAAAAAUGACACUUUUUUUUUUUAAACAUUGAAUAAAAAAAAAACAA